AUGGCCACCCCCAAUGUUCUUACUUUUGACGCUGAGGGGAGGGCCAUUGACUUUGCCGUCUGGAUUGAAGACCUGCAGCUGUACUUACUGUGUGAUGCGAUAGAUGAGGUCUCUCUCUUUGACUUUGUCUCUGGUGCUGUCCCUGCCCCGCCUGCUGAUGCUGACUCUGCUGCUCGCUCCAAGUGGGCGACCCGCGAUGCUGCUGCACGUCUUGCUGUGCGUCGCCACCUCCCUUCCUCUGAGCGUGCCCACUUUAGUCAGUGCAAGACCGCUCAGGCCUUGUACGACGCUGUAGUUGCACGCUACUCCUCCCCUUCCUCCGCUACCCUUAGCCGCCUCAUGCUACCGUUUCUCUUCCCUGACCUCGCUUCCUUUCCCACUGUUGCUGACCUCGUUACCCACCUCCGCGCUAGUGACACCCGCUACCGUGCUGCCCUUCCUGCUGAGUUCCGCGCUGCGAACCCUCCUCCCAUGUACAUCACUCUCUACUUUCUCGUCACCCGUCUCCCUGAGUCCCUUCGUGUCGUUAGGGACCAGUUUCUCUCUGUCUGUCCCACCACUCUCACUGGGUGUGGUCCUUCCCCCCUGCUGCCCUCUGUCGCCUCUGCCGCUGCGGCCGACCUCGCUGGUUUUGAGUCGGUCGGCGCGGCGUCUGCCCCCAGCGGCAGACGCCGCUCUGGCAAGGGCAAGGGGGGCAAGGGAGCGGGUGGAGCUAGAGGGGGCGGUGGAGGAGGCGGUGGGGGUGGAGGGGGGAGUGGGGGUGGCGGUGGGGGUGGUGGCGGGAGUGGAGGUACUAGUGGCGGCGGUGGAGGCGGAGGUGGCGGCGGAGGUGGUAGCGGAGGAGGCGGUGGGAGCGGUGGGAGCGAGGGUCCUGGUGGGGGAGGUGGCGGUGGAGACGGGGGUGGCGGUGGAGGCGGGGGUGGCGGUGGAGGCGGGGGUCGGAGUGGCUCGUCCCAGCGGAGCAGCUCUGGGGGUGGUCAGCGCCAGCAGCAGCAGCAGCAGCAGCAGCAGCAGCAGCAGCAGCAGCAGCCGCAGCAGCAGCAGCGCUCUCGCACCGUCCCCGGCCCUCAGCAGCUCCGUGAGUGGUGCAGCAACGCAGCCGAGCAGCAGCGUAGCCGCGAAGCUGAGGGUGGUGUGUGGGGGGGUGUGUGGGAAUAG